AUUGUUGUGCUCUACUUGCCAAUAUUGGUGACAAACAACAGCCUUGUGGAGCCUGACCUCCACAGUUCCUUCUCUUCCAUCACAUGGACAAAAAGAAAUUGCUACAACCAAGCAAGAGACCACGGUUAGAAGCUCCAACAAUGUCCAUUCGUGGACCAAUACCAAACGGGCCAAUGCAUCCCAGGCCCCUGAUAGCUCUUCUAGAUGGCAGAGACUGUUCAAUAGAGAUGCCCAUUCUCAAAGAUGUUGCCACUGUGGCAUUUUGUGAUGCUCAGUCAACACAAGAAAUUCAUGAAAAAGUAAGUGUGUGGUUAUAAGGGUUUGCAAUUGAAUACCAAAUUGCAAAUCUGUUAACUCUUUAACUACCAGAGACUCUCUGUAGAGAGCCUGCUACUGAUAAGCUCUUAGCUGCCGCUCAGCACUAGUUUACUAGCUCACUACCAGAGAUAAAUUCCUGCUAUGGUAGAAAGACAAUACAAUCGUGAGUGGGCACAUUUAUCGCUGAUUAUCUAUAUAAAUUUGAUAAAAACAUGUAUAACAAAAAAUAUUCUUUACAUCUUUAUCAGCUCACCUGUGCUGAAGGCUCAAGUGAGCUUUUCUGAUCAAAAUUUUCCAUU